AUGAAAUAUUUUGGGAUCAUGAAGAAGAGUAUGAUUUAAAUUAUUGAAUUAAGAAUUUGUGAAAAAUUGUAUAAUAAAUUUGGCUCUGACCAAUAUUAGUGCAGUUCCUAGUUUUUAUUUUUUUAAUUUUUAAUUUAUGAAAGGUGGAGUACCUGUUUCAUAAAAAGUUGUGAUAGAUAAGAUAAAAAUAUUAUUGAAUAAGAUUUUUGCAUAUAACAAUUUGGCAGAGAACAAGGGAUAAGGGAUUUGUCCGAAUAUUUUUAUAAGGUAAAAAUAUAAUAAAUAUAUACCAGAUAGUAAGAUAUAAUUGAGAAUUUAGUUAUACUUCAAAAUAUGGGAGUAAAUGAUGAGAUUUUUAUAAUGGGAUUGUUUUUGGUUGAUCGAUUAACAACAAAGAACAAGUUUUACCUUAACCGAAGGAAUAUUUACAAGUAACUAGUAACAUUUAUAUUUUGAAAGUUUACUCAUGACAGCUAUAAUUCUUUGUCUUAAGAUGUAUGAUGAUAAUCAUAUUGUUUAAAACAUUUAUCCAAUUAUUUUUGAAACAAAGAGAGAGAAUCUCAACAAAAUGUAAAAAAAAUUCUUGAAACUAAUACAGUACUAACUGUAUGUUAAAACUGAAGACUUUUUUAACUACAGAGCACGGUUACUAAAAUUAAAAGAAUGA